UACUGCUUUAUAAGUUCAAUUUGGCGCCUUUCGAUUAGGUUUUGUUGACAUUGACAGUUGACAAUCGGCGGGCGCAGGGGAGGGUCUGGCUCUUGCGCAGGUCUAGCGUGGGAGUGUGCUUCUGUUGUUGUUUUCGUUUUGCGUUGCGUAAGAGAAGAAGCAAGUCCAGAAACUGGGAGACUGAAUUGAUAAUAAAAUGCUGAAUUUAAACAGAAUUCACCAGCCAUCCUCAAGCAAUAUGCAACAGAACGAGGAAAUAGAAGACGAUCCGCCGCCGCCAUCACCACCAAAUUCGGAACCAAUAGAUAUCCACAUAGAGGAUGAGGAGGAAGAGCGGGAAGAAGCAGAAUCGAAUGUGGCUGAGGAGGCUGAGGCUGGUGCGCAAAGCCAUGGCUGCAUAGUAAAGAAAUACUUCAGACGUGAUGCAAAUGAUAAAGGGCUAUACUAUUGUCUGAAAUGCCCCGGCGCUAAGAAAGUAAGAGGAAGCAAUACAAGCAAUUUAUGGAACCACCUGGAAAAACACCACUUUCCAAUCUACAUUAAACAUCAUUCAAGACAGAAACUAAAGGAGGGUAAAAAAAAAAACCAGAAAAGAACAAACACUGCAAGCACCAGCAGCAGCACCAGCAGCUAUAAUGAAGUAGAACAUGCAAGCGAAAAUGGGCCUAAGAAAAUGAAACAAGCUACAAUUUUGCAGUCUUUCGCUCUCAGCAAGAAAGCCACUGAAUCUAAACUAUCUGAGUUAGCCAUGGCAGUUCUGGAAAAUUGUGAAUUCGCUAGCGUUCGGCUGUUUGAUAGCCCACAUUUCAAGACCAUUCUUGAGUGCGCUUGUCCAGCAUUCAGUUCUUUCACCAGCUCGGAGGAUGUUAAAUGCCACAUGCGAGCCCAGUAUGAAAUGAAGAAGAGCAUGCUGAUUGAAGAAGUGAACAAAUCAAUUUCUGAUGCAACACUUGAGUUUAAGAUUCGGAACGUCUGUGGACAAGAUUAUUUCACUGCAACCUUGAUCUACAUGACGGUGGAAAACAAAAUGGCUUCAGUUACUCUAGAUGUGAGAAAAUUCAUCCACUGGGACCAACUUGAACAAAUGGUACAAAAUGUUAUGUCAGCCAAAUUCCUCCAAGAUAAGGUUGGCUGCAUAAUCAUUGGCCCGCAGCCUGAAUUUCUGAUUCCUGCCAUGUGUGCCACAACAAAACACGUCCCAGUCGUCGUGUGCGUGUUUUCAGCCUUGGAAGUUGCAUGGGAAAAAGUGCAAAAAGAAAUCGAAGACAUCGAUUUCUACAAGUCUCGUGUGGUUCCACUAUCCAAAAAGAUGUUCAGCCCUAGUUUUUUGGCGUUGCUAGCCAGCAAGGAGGAGCGAGACCAAGUUACCAAUGCAAGAGGGUCCAUUGCUGAAACCCUAAAAUUGCUCCUCCUUUACAACUCAUUGCUGGCCACCGUCAGCGACGAGGAGGCUGACCUAGAUGGUCUCUCGCACCGGGAGCGAACCAUUGCAAGGGAAAUCACUGAUAUCCUUUCAGCUCUGAACAAGAUCCUCACUUCUUCACUCUUGAAACCAGACUAUCUUCAUCUUUCACUUUGGACUACCUUUGAGAGCUUAUUCUUAGCCUCAUUUGAAGGACAAAUCAAGCAUUUAAAAAUGCCUGAUGCUGUGACGAUUGCACAGCUUGCCAAACAAGCCUUGAAAGACUGCUUUUCGGGACCUGACCAAGACACAACCACUUAUCUGAAGCUUCUUGACUUGAGAACCAAAAAUGCGCCCAUCCAAGACGCCAUCGUGUAUUCCAAUUGCAUUUCUAGACUUGAAGCCGAGCUGAAAAGGACGCGCAAAAAGCACAAUGAUUUGGCAGAAGAGGAAAGGCGCAAGGAAAGUAGCUGUGAAGAUGGCUUGUUAAAAACAUUUUGGGAAACAUAUCUGAGCGAUAGAUGUAUUUCAAGGGGAAAUGCAAGCACUGCACAUUUUGGAAUGAGCAGUAACCUCAAGGCUUACUUAGACGAGACCCAGGAAAGCAUCACAACUCCUACCUCUCAUGAGCCUUGGUUGCUGAAGUCAGGUCAUGAAUUGUAUUCAGUAGCUUCUAAAUACUUUGCUGUGAUGUGUGCGAGCCGAAACAAGCUAAAAUUGCUCACAAGAGACGUGUCUGACGACGAAGCGACUGUUAUGUCGUUUGUCGCAUCUUACCCUUCCAUGCUCAACUGA